AUGGAGACGCAGGAUAGCAUCGAUAUCGCCACGCUUCAACGCGUCGCGUUGGGGCUAGAGCACGAACCAACCCAGUCAUUCUUUCUUGGGCAAUCGAAAACCGACGAUACUACGCAGCAACACUCUCGUUUCAACCACGCCGGUCAUUCUCAUGGGGACACUGGACUGGCUGGCACAAGGUCCUCCGCAAUAUCAUUAUUAGACCCUGCACGCUCUGCACCGAAGCGCUCUCCUCGCCCCUCCCCGUCUCCGCAAUAUGCAGAAAACCCGAUGAAUUCCAUUCCGAGUGCAAAUGAGCCGACCGAAGGCCAUCCAUUAUCGGCGACACAAUCUGGAAGCAUGGAGUCCGGUGAGGCUGCCCCCGGGGACACCCAGGUUGUCUCGCAAUCGGUGUAUGAUAGUAUUAUCCGACAGAAUGGAGAGUCAAUGUAUCAUGGGCACUCACAGGCCGGUGCGGACGGUGCAACUCUCAUGACGCUGCACGAGGGCGAUAGCGGCCAUCUCGACCUUCUCGCCGAGUUCGACUCCGCCCGUCUUCCGAAACCCCACCCCCCAGAUCACGAUGAGGAAAGCAACUACGACGGAAGCGAGUCCUCUCCAAUGGCGUCAUUGGAAUACCAACCCGAGUUCUUCCCUGAAUCGCAGCGUUUCUUGGCCAACACGCCGGGAACUGCUGUCAAAAAGAACCAGACCCCGGGGACAUCGAUGAAGACUCCCAGUCUGUCUCGGAACCCGCUGGCCGGGGAUCUUGAGUCGAGCGGGGGUCUUAUGGGUCUGAGCCAGCUUUUCAAGGCGACCCAGGCGCCCUCGUCUCCCCUAGUUGAUGGUCCACAGCCCGAUAUUGUGUCAGAUCGUCCGUCGCCGAACCUCCCCAUCCAACAACAUCGCAUAAUCAACAAUAUGUCCUCUCCGUUAGCCCAUACCCGGGUGCUUUUUGCGAGAGAGUCCUCGGAGCCGAAUCUCAAUUACAUCUCGUUGAAAGAGUCACAGUCACGGCGGGACAGAUCAUUAGGAGAGCGGCUCACCCGAUCGGCCGGUAACAUGCAACAAGACGACGAGAUCGACCAAGAAUUCUAUAAGGAAUCGAGCUUUGUCGAAAGAGCAAGAAGGCAACGUGAGCUUGAUGAAGAAGCUGCGGCGCAAUUUGCAGCUUUGGAAGCUCCUGCUCGGUCCAAGUCUAAUGUGACUAUCUCGCCCGAGAACCCCAUCCUCGAAGUUCAUGAAGACGAUCCAAUGCCCGACGCUGCUGGAAGCGAAGAAGAAACCGAGCAAGAGGAAGAUCUGGGCCCCCAAGUCCCCCAGUCGCAGGAAGUACCCCAUUCCUCGGAGGAAGACAAGGAAAACUACAACGGUCCUCCAGUGCCUGUCCAGGCAGCAAAUAGUGCACACGAUCGUCUUUCUCAAGCGCUCGCUAUGGAAGAAAGUCCAUCUUCUCGCACGAACACAAUGGUGGACCCGGAUAUUGCCUAUUCCAGACAGGGCUCAAUUCUCGAAGACCAUGAUCAAUACGUUUGUCGCUCAUCGCAAGUGAUGGUGAAGGAUUCACAGCAAUCACCACAGCCGUCGCCAACGCCCAUACCGAACGACUUUCAUCCUGUGGAUCAGCCACUUCAGUACGAAACGCAAGUUGAACCGACCUCCGACGGCGACCGAACGUCUCCUGCUCAGCAAGCUCUGCAAUCGUCGCCUCCGGGCUCGCAGACGGGGAGCAGGUCAGUAUCUCGACACCUCUCAAUUUCUCCUACAAAGUGCUCGAACGUGUCACAUCCGUCUGUGUUGCAACCAGGCCAAAAUUCCUCAUCCGAUGAAACUAGAGGAGCUCAUUCUAGCAAUCCUUCCCAGCAAGCAGCCUCAGGAUCAUUUCCCAACAGAACUGGAUCGGGCUCCGGGGAGAAAUCAUCCUCAUUGCCCUCGCGUGUAACGGAGACGCCCGUUCAUCAGCGCCCUCAAAUCAAUGACAUCGGAAGAUUGACAAGCAUCCCUGAGACCAGUCCCAAUCGCACUGAACCUAAUGUAUGGGAAGGCGAAACUAACGGCGGAGAUGGAAUGAAUGAAGACGAUGAUCUCCCUCCUAUGUACCCUGCUGGUCCCCCCAAUCGAGCUAGCCAACCACGACCAUCUCAGUCUCGCGCGCUGUCUUCGCCCAUUAAAACUCUUCAAUCGCAAGCACUUCCACAAGUGUUGUCUAGUCCAAGCGGACGGCAGCGACGCAGAUUGACUGAUAUUGCUGCGGACCUAUCACCCCAAGUUGAAAUGAAAUUUGGCGACUUUGGUGUGAACUUUUUCACAGCUGAGGACGAGGCGUUCAAUUCACUGGUGGCCGAGGGGUCUCCAACCCGGCCGAAGAAAAAGCGCCGAGGAAAUACUGGCCAGAGCUUCCUCAUACCUGAUUCUACUCCUCGUGCGCACCCUCCCAAAACGGUUGCGCGUAUUCCUGAGUGGCCCACGCCCCAAAAGCAGCAGUCUCUAGCAGCGAUUCACGUUCCCGAAACUACUGUCCGCAAACCAUCGAGGCCUUCUCGAUCAUCCGAGAACGUCUGGGAAGUCGGAGCUUCCCCUCAACAGUUGAUUCGCCGGAGGUCGAAGGCAAAGUCUAUCAGACCACUUUCUUCUCAUAACACCGAGGAGCCGUGUCCCUCCAUACAACAGCCAGAGACUCAAAGCUCCGCGAGACAAGUUGUGGCUCACAAUCUUCAAAAUGUACCGUCUUCUGAAAUCACCGACGUCCAUGUUGAUUCCGACGUGCUGCAAUCGGAUGCCACCACCUUCCAAAGCCCACCUACGACUCCCAAACCGAUCUCUGGUCCUUCCGAUGACAGUCAAAUCGCACCUAGCCAGGUUCUUGCAGUGUGGAUGGGCCAAAAGCGAGCAUACUACCCUGCGACAUGCUUCGGGACACCACUUGGUGUGUCGUCAACCAAGUACUCUGUGAAAUUUGAAGAUAGUCUUCCUGUUGAGGUCGUCAAGGGAGCUGUUAAGAGAUUUGAGCUUCGUAUCGGGGAUGGUGUGAAGGUGGACAUGCGCGGUGUGCCCAAAGUCACACACAUUGUACGUGGCUUUGACGACAAACUCACCAAAGAACAGCUGGCUCAGGCCGCUGAGAACGGAUUCUGUCCCCAGACCGAUAUCUAUGGACAUACCACAGUUAUUCUCGGUCCUAAACAACGCAAAAGCCUUCCAAACGCUGGCCUGGCCAGCAGCGAGAACGUCAUCAGGGUUCCCAUUUCCCGCAUCUAUCUCGACAUGAUUUUGUGGAACCAACUACAGGAUCGUGCCUUUACAUACCAGCAGCCUCAAGCAGCACCUCGGGAAAGCAAGUCUCACACCCCCUCUGAGAAAUCUUCUCUGCCGGCAUCACCGAGCACACGCUUUUCUCGCAGCAUCUAUGAAUCCAGUGGCGUUUUUGCUGGAAUGGCAUUUGCUGUGUCCUACAAGGACGAUGAAUCAUCCAAGAACCGUAUCACGAGGCUUAUUGUGGAGAAUGGCGGGACAAUCUUGCAUGAAGGAUUCACGGAAUUGUUUGAGCCUUCGCCCAUCCGGCGAAUUGAUACACCAACUAAGGGGAAAGGUGAUGAUGGAUCUAGUGAUGGAAGUGUCGGUUUACGGUUGAACGGGUUGGCUGAGAAUGUGGGAUUUGCUUGCUUGAUUGCCGAUACCCACUCUCGUCGUGAGAAGUACAUGCAAGCAUUAGCACUCAACCUGCCUUGUUUGUCAGGCCGCUGGGUUGAGGACUGCGUCGCCAAGGGACGUGCCCUUGACUGGGAUAUCUACCUCCUGCCAGCUGGAGACUCAAUGUUCCUCAACGGUGCCACCAAAUCUCGAGUUAUGGUACCAACUCCGCCGUCCGAAACUCGCCUAGCCAACACAAUAUCGGCAAGACCAAAAUUACUCGAUGGCAAGUCAGUGUUGAUCGUCAUGGGGCGUGGCAAGGCAGAAGAGAAGCGGAAAGCUUACAUUUUCCUGACCUUCGCCCUGGGCGCUUCUCGCGUGGAGCGCGUUCCCGACCUGGAGACUGCCAAGGCACUACUAGACUCUCAAUCGGAAGUUUCUUUGCCUUCGACUUGGGAUAUGGUUUAUGUUGACGAUGCAGAUCAAGCGGCCGCAAAGGCUAUGUUAACACCCCAGCCUAGGACGCAAAGGAUUCACCUGUUCCACGGAAGAAAGCGGAGGAAGUCUGCGGUGUUUACCAUGUCGUCUACGCCCGAGUCGUCAUCAUCUAUGGCUACUGUGAUUGGUAGUGAGUUUGUGUGUCAAAGCUUGAUUUUGGGAAGGUUAUUUGAGGAGUGA